GUGUUUGCGCCCGGCGGUCGGUGUGGAUCCGGAUCGGAUGGAGGCGGCGGCGGCGGCGGUUCUGAAGCCGCCGGUCAUGGCAGAGGUGGACUGUAACAGUAAGUCCCUGAACGCAGAGCUGGAGGUGAAGAAGCUGCAGGAGUUGGUUCGGAGGCUCGAACACCAGAACGAGCAGCUGCGGAACCGAACCGGCGGCGGGCCGCCGAGCCCGCUGUUCCACCGGAGCCUGUCGCCGGAUCACUUCAUCAGCCUGCGGCCGAACCGAGCCGCAGUGUGGCAUCAUCAGGAGGAGGAGGAGCUGUCGGUUCUGGACGAGCUGGAGCUCCUGGACCUGGACCUGGACCCGGACCCGAUCUGCGCCUCGGAUGAGGAAACGUGGUUAUAUUCAUCCCUAAAACAUAAGGAGACUUCUGAUUACUCGCUCACACCUCUGCAGUGGUGCCGGCAGGUUCUAGACGGUCCCAAAUCAGAGGUGGAGGCCGCCAGAAGAUCGCUGUCCCUCCGACUGGAACAAGUCUCUAGGUGGCGUGGCUCACUGUCCAGCUCCCCAUCGUCUUCCUGCCCCCCGGCCCCCCCUCAGGGUCGAGUUGCUGUGUCGCCCAUCACUGUUUCUCCGUCAGUAAAGUCCUGCUCCACCCCCCAGUCCUCUGAAAGUCAUGCUCCGCCCCUCUUCUCCCCACUCCAAUUCCAUCAGACAUCGAGUCCGGUCGGGAAGGAACUCUCCCCCGUCGCCGAGAGGACGCCCACGUUCCUCCCUCAUUUGGCCAACCGCAGUCGUCUCCUCCGGCACUCGACCCUCAGUCCUCAGUCGUCAGUGGAUGGUGAUGUUGGCGCUGCAGAGAUGGACGAUGACUCCAUCAGUCUGGGAUACAAACUCCAUGACCUCACAGACGUCCAGGUCAUGGCCCGCCUGCAGGAGGAGAGUCUAAGGCAGGACUACGCCAGCAUGUCAUCUGUCCUGGCCAACCGCCGCAGCCAGAGUUUCACCUUCCACCUCAACCAGCUCAGCGCCGCCCCCGACCUGGAGGAGGAGGACGAGGAGGAAGAAGACUACGGCCUCCUGCCUCCGCCGCAGCCGCGCCUCACCCGCCUCCCGCACUCCCACACCUUCUCCAGCGUCCGAGACUGGCAAAGAAGCACCAGCUCCCUGUCCACCCCUCCUUCCACCCCCUCCACACCGCCGCGCCCUUCCGCUGGGUUCACCUUUCACGGUCAGCAUCCAGGACUAGGACUGGGCAGCCCCUAUCUGUCCGAGCAGCAGGUCUUCAGGCCAGGACCAGAUAAGUUGCGGAGGAGCAUGCCCAACCUAACCAGAACUCCCAGCAUGCCUUGUGUGCCCAUUCUAACCAAUCCAAGUGCUUCCCCGUCUUUACUUCGUAACAGCCAGAGCUUUGAUUCUUCCAGCGGCCUCGCCUUCCUCCAGCCCUCUAUCCCGACCCCGGGACAGCUGCAGAACCGGGUCCAGAGUGUGGGGAACUUUGCCUCUCUGUCCCAGCAGCCGUUGAAGGCCACCGCUUACGUCAGUCCCACCAUCAAGGGCUCCGUCUCCAUGGCAACCUCCAGCAGCCUGCAGGCGCUCAACGUCAGCGGGGUCAGCAGCGGGAUCCCGCUGUUUGGUAAAGCCACCAGCAGAGGGGGCAGUUUGACUGUCACCACUCCUCGUAGUAGCCUGCCUCGCCCUGCCUCUUUUGUCUGCACCACAAGCUCCACCCCCCACAGCAAGAUUGCCCAACCAGCACGCAGUUUACUGCCAAAGAGCUUGUCCACCUUCAGUGCCCUUCGUGACACCACCUGGAGAGACGGUUUGCUACUGCAUGAUGACUGACGAGGCGGUGCAGUGGCGCCCCCACUGGCUGGGGUCACACACUCCAUCUCAAGAAAAUUUGUUCCCUGGACAAAUUAAGGUGACCCUUAAAUCCAAGAUCCUGCAUAGAUGAAGUAAACCUUAUCCAGCCACACCCCGGUCCCGUCCGGUCCCUAUGCAGACUUUCUUCUUCGGGUAAACCGGGUCGUUUGUGCGCAUCGGGCCUCGUUUUACCGCUGGCCGAGUUCUGUCUGUGCCAAAGGGAAAUCUGUCCUUUUGUCACUCAUGUGCAAUAAUCUACUGGCUUCCAGGAAAACUAAACCAGUCCAGAAGAGGCUGCCAGUCGUACAACGUGAGCCUCACGUUACUGUCUUUAUUUAAGAAUAAAUAUUUUUAAAUAAACCACACGCUCCAGUGAUGCUGCUAAAA